UAAUAGCAACAAUAAUCUAAAGAUUACGUAUCUGUACUUGGGAAAAUUUAGUUCAAAGUCAAAGUGUUUUCAUCCACUUACACCUGUCAUCUUAUAAAUAAUCAGAAAUAAUUUAACUCCCACACUGAAUCUACAAAACUAGCAUGUGUUUGUUCAAAUUUACCUACUAUUGUAUUUACUUUACUUUACUUCUUACCUUACCUUGAUCGCAUCAAGUUAGUUUUGAAAGUGGAUAAUAAUUCGCGUUAUAGAAUUCAUCUUUAAAGCACACAGAGAAUUUUUUCAUUGUGUGUACAAUAAACUAAGCUUUAAAUGGUUAUUGUCCAUUUAAGUUGACAUGUAUGCCGAUUUAUUUCUUACCCUGCUCUUCUCUGUUCUGCUGUGCAAAGAAGCAACCUGCGCUACAAACCAAACUUUUCCCAAUUACUUUAAAUUUGGGGUAGCAACAGCCUCCUACCAAGUAGAAGGAGCAUGGAACGAAGAUGGCAAAGGUGAAAACAUUUGGGAUCACUUGUGUCACACGAAUCCCGACUUUGUUGACGACAGGAGCAACGGUGACAUUGCGUGUGACUCCUAUCACAAAUAUAAAGAUGACGUGGCUAUGUUAAAAGACCUCGGCGUAGAUUUUUACCGGUUUUCUCUAUCGUGGUCUAGACUAAUACCAUUGGGCUUGGCUGGCAGCCCAGUCAAUCAAGCUGGCAUUGAUUACUACAAAAACUUAAUCCAAGAAUUAGUUAAUAACAACAUUGAACCCCUCGUAACAAUAUUCCACUGGGAUCUCCCAGAAACACUACAAGAAUACGGGGGUUUCCCAAAUCCGGAAUCUGAGGAACAUUUCGCUUAUUACGCCCGAGUUGUUUUUGAAAAUUUUGGAGAUUCUGUGAAAUAUUGGCUUACCUUCAACGAGCCAUUGCAAACAUGUCACGAAGGAUAUGGUAUUGGAUUUACGGCACCUGGUUAUAAGUCAUCGGGUUUAGCUGAGUACAAAUGUACCCACACAUUAAUCAAAGCUCAUGCUAGAGCUUAUCAUGUUUACGAUGAAGAAUUUAGAACCCAACAACAAGGAUAUGUAGGUAUUGCUCCUGAUACUUACUGGUAUGAACCCGCAUCGGGUAGUGUUAGUGACCAAGAAGCUGCUGAGAGAGCGCUACAGUUCACUUAUGGGUGGUUUGCAAACCCUAUUUUUAAUGGUAAUUAUCCUUCGGUAAUGAUCGAAAGAAUUGAUGAAAGAAGUAAACUACAAGGUUUUGCGUCAUCUAGACUUCCAAAAUUCACAGAUGAAGAAGUUGAAUACAUCAAAGGAACACAUGAUUUUCUUGCAAUUAAUGCUUACUCUACUUUAUAUGUCCAAGCCAAGGAAGAAGAAGUUGAUACGGCUGUAAUCUCUUACGACAGUGACUUAAAUGUAGACACAUUCUUUGAUGACUCGUGGGAAGAAAGUGCAUCAUCCUGGCUUAGGGUGGUCCCAUGGGGAAUGAGGAAGCUUCUCAACUGGCUUAGCAAAACUUACAAUCACCCAGAAAUAUUCAUAACUGAGAAUGGAGUUUCGGAUACAGGAGGUCUUAAUGAUGAUCGAAGAAUAAACUACUAUAGAGAAUAUCUUAGUAAUGUUCUGGAAGCCAUCUUGGACGACGGGGUAAAUGUAACGCGGUACACUGCUUGGAGCUUAAUGGAUAACUUUGAAUGGGCACGAGGUUAUACGGAAAAAUAUGGGUUGUAUAGUGUAAAUUUUGACGAUCCUGACCGACCAAGGACAUCUAAAGCCUCCGCUUCUUAUUAUUCAAGCGUCAUUUCUUCAAAAUGUUUGGUUGACAACUGCGAAUAAAAAGAAAAGCGAAAAUUUACUGGUCAAAAGCUACGUAGACAAAACUUGCUUCACCCCUAAAUUAAAUAGAAUCUAUAAAAUUUAAUUUUGCGAUUUUUUAUGAUAACCCUUAGAAGUUAAAAUAAAGAUAUAUAACGUG